UACAAGGGCUUAACCCUGCCAUCCAUACAAAACGAUCUGAUUUCUCCCAACCAAAGUAAAUCAUUGUCUGGGCUACACUAUUAUGUUGUACCAAUUUAAAUCUCUGAUUUAUAAUCUUCAAUUAACCUACAAUACAUGUGAGCCCUAAAUAUUCAGAGAGAACCCAUUCAACCUCUAACCCCUUAAAUGGGAGAAAUUGCUAACUUGUAUGUCACUAUUCUUUGGCACACAAUGCAAUUACUUCAAAAUAAAACAGGAAAUACCACUAAGGCUCCAAGUGGAAUGAAAAAAACAUGAGCGGAAACAGAUGUGAAUCUGGCUCAAACACAUCAACAAGAUCAGAAUUCCAGAAGGGGAGAAAAAAAGGCUAAUGUUCCCUUAUGUAAGGGAUUAUGUGUUCUCAAUCCGCUCAGUAAUUCAAACUUGAGGAACACAAUAGUUUGUGUGUGAAGUCAGCUGCUCCAAUGAGAUUAAAGAUGCCCAUGCAUGGAUACUCACUUUUCUUUCUAGCACUCCUUGUGUUGUUGUCAUCAUGGAAAGUUUGUUUUUGUGGUAAGAUUCUUGUAGUACCCUUCGAGGGGAGCCACUGGUUGAAUAUGGAGGUCCUGGUUAAAGCACUCCACUCUCACGGUCACUCUAUGGAUGUAAUACGGACUGAUAAGAGCUGGUACAUUAAGGACGGCAUGCCACACUACAACACCAUCACGGUAUCUGUCAACGAAGUGUUCGACCCGGACUUUGUCAAUCCUCUUCUGGAGAAGACUUUUGCUUUGGAGAGGCAGCAAAGCUCCUUAAUGAGCUUUCUGGGUCUGAAUCUGCAAAUGUUCGAGGCAAUGUCUGGUACUAGCAGGAUCAUGUGCAAAUUGGCCAUUGAGGUGUUAAAAGAUGACAAUUUAAUGGCUCGUCUGAGGGAGAGUCAUUAUGACCUGGUUCUCACAGACCCCGAGUUGGGAACGGGGAUCAUGUUGGCUCAUGCUCUACAGCUACCUUUAGUCUAUAAUGUGCGCUGGGUGAUGAGCAAAGAGGGGCAUCUGGUCCUGGCGCCUUCUCCUUUAUCUUAUGUUCCUAUGACUGGCUCUGGACUGUCUGAUAAGAUGACUUUCUUUCAGAGGAUUAAGAAUCUUGUAUACUUCGCCACAUGGGAAUUUCAGUAUAUAUUUUUAGUCAUACCUCAUUAUCAAGCUGUCUGCGAUCAGUUCUUUGGGCCAGAGGUGAGAUUUGAUGAACUUAUCCAGAGUGCCGACCUGUGGCUCAUGAGAGCAGACUUUGUCUUUGAGUUCCCUCGCCCCACCAUGCCCAACGUAAUUUACAUGGGAGGCUUCCAGUGUAAGUCAGCAGAACCUCUACCUGACCACCUGGAGGAGUUUGUACAGAGUUCUGGAGAACAUGGCAUUAUCGUUAUGUCUUUGGGGACUAUAGUGAGCCAACUCCCUGAAGAUGUCGCCGAUGAGAUCGCAGCUACUUUUGCCAAGCUCCCGCAAAAGGUCAUCUGGAGCUAUAGAGGUUCCAAGCCUUCCACUUUGGGUAACAACACCCUCCUUGUCAACUGGAUGCCACAAAAUGACCUGCUUGGGCAUCCCAAGACUAAACUCUUCGUGGCUCAUGGUGGGACAAGCGGCGUCCUGGAAGCUAUUUACCACAGCGUCCCAGUGGUGGGAAUACCAUUGUUUUUCGACCAGUAUGACAACCUGGUGCGUCUGUCAGAGAGAGGAGCAGGUGUGAUGGUCACAUUGGCAUCAAUUGACAAAGACGAUAACUUCCUGAAGGCCCUACAGGAAGUUAUGACCAAUCCUUCCUACAGGAACAACAUGCAGAGGCUGUCCAAGCUCCACAAAGACCAGCCCAUCCCACCGCUAGACAAUGCUCUCUUCUGGAUUGAGUUUGUUAUGCGGCACCAGGGUGCAACUCACUUGAGGACCGAGUCCUACAAGCUGCCCUGGUACGCCUACUAUUCAGUGGACGUAUAUCUAUUCCUGUCUGGGGUUGUGCUGGUUUUGUUGCUAACAUUUUUUAUCAUGAUGAGACUGUUGUGUUCAGCUUUAUGCAAGAGUAAAUUGAAACGUGACUAGAUCCGUCAUAUUGUUUUAAAAUAUACAGUAGGAGUGGGAACCUCAAGGCACCUCACGAUGCGAUACAAGGCUCACGAUAACGAUUAUCUCACGAUAUCACGAUACAGCAAAUAUCGAUAUAUUGGUCGGAAAUUUGAUACAUGAUAUUCUACGAUACAACUGUUGAAACGAAAAAAACAUAUAUUUCAAAAUAGAAAAAAUACUGUUUCAGUCAUUUAUUAAACAGUGACACCUUUUCAGUGCAACAUUGCUGUAAAAUAUAAAUCUACUGAUAAUUGUGUACCUGCACAUAUACAGGAAACAAACCACAACCACUGAUAUUUCUUGGCGAAAUCAUGAUGAAUGGCACCCUUAAUUUCUUAAGUUUUAAAUCUUUUGAAAAUUUUUAACAGUGCUGUAAGUGUCAAUCAGCAGUUGAGCUUGGAGUGGGGCAAUGAUAAAAUUGGUGGGUCUUUUCUUUGUAUAUGACCUUUGUUGUCAAAAGCAUUGGUUUGAGCACUUCCACCAUCUGCUUCAGCAUUUGUGAUGUCAGACUCAGUCAGUUACAUUCUUCCUCACCUUAAAAACAACAAAAUAUAUAAAAAAAUAUUAGCUACUCAAUAGCUUUUGAGUUGAAAUUCUGAUUUUUUGUGUGUGUUGGAAGUAUUGAGUGAAUUAAAAAAAAUAUGAAUUGAAUGAAUAGAAAUUAAAAAUGCAAUAAUUACCUGUUUUUAAUAUGUAGGACACAUUAAUUAUCAUGCACGUCACCUUAUAUAUCUUGGAAGCUAUUCAAACCGUUUUUAUAGCUUAUUGUAUCAAAAUGGCAGUCAUAACAGUUUGUGUAGUAAACUAGAUGGAAAGUGGUUCUCAAAUAUGUCAUCAAAAUAAUACAUUUAAAUGAAAAAAUCAAUUUCUAGUACAUUGCAAAAGUUUCUUACCUCAAGUGAUGCUCCAUAGAAAUCCGGGCUCCAAUUAGUCACCAGCUGCCAGUGAACCUUAUUUUAUUAGACAAUUCUUGCAUACAGCAAAGUCCUUGUUCACCUUACUUCCUUUAUUGUUGGUGUAAAAUCCAAAGUGUGUCCACAUGUGUGAUUUUCAGCAAUAUUUUUCUCACUUUUUCCUCCACCGUUCUCACGAAGCUUUUUUAUUUUUUUCAACCCACUUGGGACCGCUCUUCUUCUCUUGGCGUCUUGUGCACACUUUACCUUCACCUCCACUGUUGGGCGCCCCUAGUGGACCGUCAAGGAAUUGCUCAACAAACAGUGAGCAGUUUACAGCACCCAUACUCCAUUGUAUGGCCAAUAUGUCAAAUAAAAGUAUCGAUGCUUGGCGGGAGCAUAUCGAUAACCGAUCGGGUUGCAAAAUAUCGCGAUAUAUCGCUGUAUCGAGAUAUUGUCACACUCUUAAUAUACAGUAUGUACAGUGAAUCCAUCCUAUAUAUGGCGGAAAACACUCAGGUGACUUGAAGUUCCGCUCUGAGACCCCCAAUUUGGGCAACUUUCAAAAUUGUCCGAUAUGCAUGUGUGAUACAUCAUUGGAAAGCUUAAAAUCUCAAUUUUCUGGACGAAGAAAAAUUUUGAACAGGAGGGCAUUAUUUUAAAAAAAAAAAAAAAAUGUUUUUUAAACAGCAAAACCCAUCUGGAGGUGAGAGCAGAAUUACAGACGCCUUGACUUUAACGAGAUAUUAUCGCCUACUUACCUUGUUUCGAUCCAAAAACUCCAUGUAGCAUGUAUCACUGAGUGUCAAGACACAGCUGUGAUUUUUGGGGGGAUUUCACGAGUGAAACAUGUUAAUAUAACAAGGGUCAGGAUGCAGAAAUUGCAGACAUCAAGGAGUGGUCGAGGUUUUCUUUUUCAUAUAUUUACCCCAGGGGCGUCCAAACUUUUUGCAAAGGGGGCCAGAUUUAGUGUGGUAAAAAUGUGGGGGGGGGGGCGAUCUUGGCUGACGUCCUUUACAUAGAAAAAUAUAUUUAGGCAAAUUUUAGCAAGCAAUUAUGUGUGUCACAUUUGCUUUAUUAUUUUUUUAAUUAAUAAUUUCAACAAUAUCGCAACUAGCCUUUGUGGCGUUCUCUUUCGACUCUCGGGCUCUUGCGAAAUACUGCUGCUGCAAAAUUAAACUAGCUUCAAGUUGCUUCAAUUUCUCGCUACGUCUCUUCCCUGUAAUCCUGUCGUACAUGUCAAUGUGUCUUGUUUGGUCAUAUCGCCUCACAUUAAAGUCUUUAAAAACAGCGACUGUCUCUUUACAAAUGAGGGAGACACAGUUGUUGCGUAUUUUAGUGAAAAAGUAGUCCAAUUUCCACCUAUUCUUGAAGCGUCGGCCGACGCAAUCAACUUUCUUUUUUUUUGUUGAUUGUCGCCAUUUUAGAAAAUUGGGAGUAAAAGGUCACACGGGGUAAUGUUGCUUAGAGUGCUGCUGCCUUGCCUUUUAGUGGGUAAAUGAUGAGCAGCAUUUAGUGUGUAAGCUAUUUCAUAUGCUGGUAGCAGUACUGCUGACCAAUUUGUUCAGUCUGUGUGUGGGCCAGACGUUAUUGAUUUUAUGAGAGAGGCUGGGGGCUGGAGGUAAUUUCACCACGGACCGCAUUUGGCCCCCGGGCCGGACUUUGGACAUGUCUGAUUUAUCCUUUUAAAUGUUUUUUUUUUUCUUUUUCUUUGCUUGGAUCUAUUAUCUAUCAUCAUCAUAUCGGAGAAAAUGCGACAGUAACAAAAAAAAGACAAUUAAGCGAUAGUUAUGAGGUGGAUAUCCGUGACUUUUUUACAGACGCCAUUUUUUUCAUUGUGACAUCAUUUGUUUACAAGUUUAAAAUAUGCGAGUGAAUAAUUUUUUGAAGUCUUUUUUUAUUUAUUUUUUUUUUAAACAAAAUAUGAGACAUCAAUUAAUGAUUCUAAGCUAAAAACGACAGACAUUUUGAAUGAGAAAUAUUAGGGUUGUUCCGAUCAUGUUUUUUUGCUCCCGAUCCGAUCCCGAUCGUUUUAGUUUGAGUAUCUGCCGAUCCUGAUAUUUCCCGAUCCGAUUGCUUUUUUUUUGCUCCCGAUUCAAUUCCAAUCAUUCCCGAAAAUUAUUCCCGAUCAUAUACAAUUUAAGAAAAAAAAGAAUAAAAUUCGGACGAAUAUAUACAUUCAACAUACAGUACAUAAGUACUGUAUGUGUUUAUUAUGACAAUAAAUCCUCAAGAUGGCAUUUAAAUUAUUAACAUUCUUUCUGUGAGAGGGAUCCACGGAUAGAAAGACUUGUAAUUCUUAAAGGAUAAAUGUGACUUUGUAUAUUGUGACUAAAUAUUGCCAUCUAGUGUAUUUGUUGAGCUUUCAGUAAAUGAAACUGUAGCCAUUUAACUGUUCUGCCCAAAUGCAUGAUGGGAAGUGCAACCAUUACUGUGCAAAGUGGCACCAAUUGAUAUGAUGAUGAUCUUCUCUGCGUUGGGAAAUAACAUAGGGUGAUAAGAAAAAGAUCAACUACUACCUUUCUUCCCCACAUUGCUUCCCACGAUAUUUCUAAUUGUUGAGAGAGGGAUUGUAAGGCUUUAGCCAAUUAAAAAAAGGCUCUAAAGGCUGCCAAAAUUCACUGUACUCAUUUUACGCUGCCUUUUAGCUCUAUAUAUAGGUAAAACGGCGCCAUUAUAGAUUGAACGCGACAUUGUGUGAGUGGGUCGUGCAGCGCAUGCGUUGAUUGCGUUAAAUACUUUAACGUGAUUAAUUUUUAAAAAAUUAAUUACCGCCGUUAACGCGAUAAAUUUGAUAACCCUACUUUAAGCCAAAACUAAAAACUGAGUGUAAGACAUUUUGUCUGUAACGUUAAUACAAUUAGAAAACAAUUUAAUUAAAAAAUACAUAUAUUUAAAAAAGGCAUGUCCGAUAUUUUUUUGCCGAUUCCGAUACUUUGAUCGGACCCGAUCGAUCGGGACAUCUUAUAUCUUUAAUAAAUAUAAUUAAUUACCUUCGUUUUAUGGCUGGGUUGAAACAAAAGCGGUUGCGCCACGUCUGUAAACAGAGGUUUUCAGGGUAAAACGGACAAAUUAAAAAUAGUUUGGGUGGCAAUGCACCAUGACAGCAUAUAGACAUAUUGUUCUAUCAAACACAACAGUUGUUUUGGCUUAAAAUACAGCAGUUUCUUUUAAAGAGGAGUGCAAGAGCAGAAACUGCUAUUUCAGUCUUGUCUGUGUUUUCCGCCAUAUGGUUAUUAUAAAUAAAAAUAAUAUUAAGUGAGCAAAUAAAACACUUUUUUCUUUACAACAAUAGCAGCGGUGAUUGUGCUCCCUGUUGUCUUUUUUAGGAUUUACAUAUGUAAAUCAAACUAAAAAUGAGCUGUUUCUUUGACCAUAUUAUGAGAAAUCACACUGUUUAGUAUUUUAUCUCCCACUGGAAUGUGAUCAUUGGCUGCCAUCCCUUCUAUUUCAAAUGGACUUUAUCACAUUCACUGGAAAUUAAUGUGGUAAUUGUUCCCAAAAACCUAGAACUAGUGAAGACCUGCCUGUUCAAGGAGAGACUUAUUAGGAAUGCUUUGUUAUAUAACCUCAAAGGUCUAUUUCUUUUGCUACAGAAACCUGCGUAUGUUGGAUAUUUUCACAUUUAACUACUGUCUGCAGUGCAGACUCCCGAAUAUACAGAGCAGAAAAUAUCUAUUUUUAGGCCAGAAAGUGAGCUUCCUUGAAUAAGAGUGGAGGCUCUUUAUUAUGGGAUCUCAUUAUUGAUUGUCCAAUGACCUGGCGUUGCUAUGAGGGGGGAGAGGGAGCUCACGAGAUAUGGAGCUGGGUGAUAAAUGAAGAAUCGCUAGCCUCCUUGAAAUAAGACCUUCAAUUCCAAAGGCACCAUUCCACAGCUGAUUUAUUCACCAGUAGACAGAGGAAGUUGAGCUGUUCUGGUAUCAGUAUUUACAGUCUUGAUUCAUCAUUUGCGACAUCCUUAGAUUCUAUGGUUUAUGAUGUUGUCUGGUUUAUAUUAGUGUGCUUGUGUGGGGUGGGGGCACGUCUUAUUCUUUUCGUCUUUGUAACUUACACAUCACUCAAUUCGCUGUACAUUUCUAUUUAUUUUGUGAUACGCUAAGCAUUGCAUUCGAAACCUUUAGGAAUUUGGUUUUCACAACUAUUUGUGAACUCUAUGACAAAUUCCGAACUCAAAUUGUUGGGGCUAAAACUUAGCUGCUGCUGGAUCUGCGAUUGAUUAACGGGUAUUUGUUGGAGGAGCUUCGGCUUGAACGAAAGCAUUUGCAGGCAAUUCCGCCGACAAAGUUUUUGUCUUAUUAAAGAGAUUUUGCAAUAGAAAAUUCAAAUUAAUUAAACACACACAUACAGUGCCUUGCAAAAGUAUUCGGCCCCCUUGAACCUUGCAACCUUUCGCCACAUUU